UUAUAACCCGAUUUGCUUUUAAUAGAAAGUGUAUCGCUGUAGAGACUUCAUGUAGUUGUGAAUCCUGAACAGUUGUUCUGAAUCAAACUUCCGUACUCCGAAACGCCAAAGGGAUCCCUGCAAAUUGACAUCUCAGGUCAUCGGACCUUGACGUGUUGAACAUGCGUUUCAUCUAGACCACACGUAGCUAUGCUCUUUUCGUUUCAACUCUAACUGGACGACAGAGAUGGAGGAAACUAGACACAGAUCAUCUGAGGAAAGCAAGAUUUAAUAGUGAUCGUGUCUGGUAGCUACCAAUACCCAAUGGCCGAAACGGCAUCGGAGUCAAGACGAUGUAUUCAUUUCUUCUUAUAUGAUUCGUCAAAAGUCAGAGAGGAAGGUGACCCCACCAGAGCUGGAAUAUGCUACUUUUACCCCGAAGAGACCCCACUGGGUGAGCAGGAGCUGUUAUGCGGGCAGUUGGCAGGUGUGAGUCGAUGCGUGUCUGAACUCUCGUCCUCUCCCGUCCGCCUUCUCCGCUUGCGUAAGAGCAAGUACGCUGUGCACAUGAGAGACCACUACUUGUGGGCUCUCAGCUGUUCUGUAGACAUUCCGGAUGUGAGUGUGUGUGAAUUCCUGGAUCAACUGAUUGAUCUCUUUUGUUUCUACAACGGUCCAGUCCGCCAGAGCUACCAGCUGCACAGUCAGGAGGAGCUGUCUGAGCGGUGGGCCAGGUAUCUGUCUCACCUGCAGUCUGGCUCCACCGAGCUCCACCACAUCUUCAGCUGCCUGAGAACCAUCGAUUCUACCCACAUUGAUCCUCUGCUGUUGCUGAAGGCUGCCCUCAUUCUCCAGGCAUGCCAACGCUGCCCCCUGGUGUUAGCCGGGUGCAUUCUUUACAGGGGCAGGGUGGUCAGCACACAGAUGCCUCCUGAGCUGACAAUGAAGGUGAUGGUGCACGAGACAGAAACGUUUAGCCAGGAUCACAAGCCUCAGGCCAAUGGGCAUGGCUCAGGGCGGUCACCGUCUCACAGCACGGUGAUCACUCCCGUGUUUCUCAGCCCCUUUGAGCUGAAGAUGCUGCGCUGCCCUCCGGUGGACAAGGCCUGCAGGACUCACUGCACUCCACAGCCUGUCAGUCAACCGAGGAAGUCCCGCCUCUCGCGCACUUUAUCUGACACCCCAUCCACUGAGGCUGACUCACUCGACUCCACCCACUGCCCUCCUCUCACAUCCUGUCAGACCAUGCCCUCCACCCCUCGGUCCUCCAUUUCCGACGAGUCCUCUUUCAGCCCCUGCUAUCCACAUGUCGCAUCAACCCCUCGCAUUAACCUGACGUGCCAAUCCGAAAGUUGCUAUGAGUCACCUGACCACAGCUUAUCCAAUGGGAGCCUCUCGUGUGAAGUGGAGGCGGGCAACGUGACCAGACACGAUAGCGAAUCCAGCCCUAGCCGUAAACAGAGGGAAAUUCGAGAUUCAGACAAGAGGCAAGAUUUGGGGUGUGACCAGUCAGGAUUAAAGAACAAAAGUGAAAGUUCAAAUGAAGAAGAGAGCGUCGGUCAAAAUGGAAACAGCAUUCAAACCAAUGGGAACCAUUCAAAGCGACAAAGCCCUGACAACCAGUCCAUUGGGAGUUGCCACAGCGACCAGUUUCACGACAGCUUAGGCAAGGAGGUUGACAAAGAGGAUCAUGAGAGUAAUAAGGAGGACAGACCACGAGAGGGGGAAGAGAGAGAGAGGGAAGAAGACGUGAAGGAGUUUGCUGGUAAAGCCCAGGGUAAAAAAGCUGCCCGGAAUGGUGAGGUGCCCUCAGAACCGGCCCUGGAGCCAAUGAUGCUGUACCAGCAAAGAGUGAGGGGGCUAGUGCUCGCCCUGCUGGUGGAGCCUCAGUUUAACACUGACCACAACGCCAAGGAAGAAGUGUGCCACAGCAGUUUGGCCUCCCUUAAUGGUCUGGAAGCCCAUUUGAGGACCAGCUCUCCAGGGGCCCCUGGUAUACAGGGGCCGUACACCUUCGCCCAUUACGACUGCAUUCAGAACACCCUCACGACUAACGUGUGUGGACGCUCUGCUGGACCCCAGGACAAACCUUUUGUAAAAGCCACUGCACUGAUUCACUCCCAUUUCUCUCACACUGACUCCCUGCAGGAGGUGAUUACCAGGAAUGCGGGUUCUGCUGUCUACGGCACACGAAGUGCAGCUCAGGAAACUUACUUCCUUCAGCACGGCACGGUGGCUCGGAACUCCGGCGUUCCCAACCAUCAGGACAGCGCCUUCUCCCUUCCCAGCAAAGCCCGUCACCGGCUCCUCAAACACGGAGUCAACCUCCUCUGACCGCUCCUGGUGACCUGACCAUGACCCCUCAGCUCCCAACUCUCAUCUUAACAUAAAAAAAUGUAUCGUCACACUCAGAGCGCUCAGGAAGGAUAUGUUCUCAAUGAUUCACUCUCUUCUUUUUUUCUUCUCUCUUCUUUUCUUGUCUUUCCUUCUUUCUUUCUCUUGGACCAUCUCUGGUCGUUAGUUUGUAGCGUGCCAAACCCGGCAUUUCUCUCCAGUUUUACAGUGCAUAUUCUUUGGAAGAGACAUUGAGAAUAUAAGACAGAAAUAUUCGUUUGGAGAACGAGAGAUUCAGAUUAGCUGUACACUGUAUCAUAGUGUGAUGGUUACGUACUGUAUUGUAUUAUGUU